GAUGGAGAUCCUGGACAAGACAAACUUGCAAGGAAGGGCAAUGAUCCUUGAGGACGGGCAUGGCCGCAAAGUUGUCUUUUCUCUCCUUCAUGACCUUGAUUAAUGAAAUAUGGAAAUAUGUUGGAUUUUACAUAGUUAUUUUUGAACAAGAAAAUGCAAUUGCUGUGGCGCCUGCAUUAUGGGUAGAGGAGGUGAAUGGGGUUCUGAUUUGCUACUGGCCCCGUAGAAACGCUGCUGCCAUGGCAAAGGCCUCCCAAAGGCCAGAUAAGGAACUCUGGAAGCGGCACAAAAUAAGAAUACUCUCCGAGACUGGUGAGAAAACUGAAUAAAUAUAUAGUCAUAUGGAGGUACACUGCCUUUACACAGUAAAAUGAUUACAAAAACUAAAAAGACAACUCAAAUUUACUCUGUCCUUAGACAACUAUAAGACAGCCAGAGAACGAGCCAAAAAAGCUGUAGAAAGUUCAAACGUGGACACAGAAGAAGAGGUGCUAAAAGAGCGGAAAAAAAAGUGCCAUCAAAAUACUGGACCGAGAGUGAAGGAGAAUGUGAGAUUCCUACCAAAAAAAAAGAGAAAAAUGUCCACAUCCUCUCAGAAGCCAUCAAGCCUCCCAAAGCCUCCAAGUUACAAACCACCUCCUGACAUCACAGCUCACUCACCUGAGGAAGAUGAGCCAUCCCUGCCAAAUCUUUCUGCUAAUAAUACUUUUCAUGAUUUCCAGCAUCUCAUCGAGCAAUCUGAGCAGCGGAUGCUCCUCGCAAUAGAGAGAAUGUCGACAGAUAUUUCUAAUUCUAUUGAGCGUCUGAUCCAGGCUAUUCAACAGAAUCGUCCUGGUCCGGCAACCAUCACAACACCACCACAGGAGACCAUUGAGAGGCCCUGCAAAACAUUGCAGGAGCUGCAAGCUUUCAUAUUAAAACUUGAGGACCCAGAAGGGAAAAAAAGGAUGAUACAGUUUUUGAGCCUGAUGGGAGGUAGCAACAUUGGAGACGCUGUGAGGAGAAUCCUUCGAAAAAUAGCCACCAAUGAGGCCUGGUCAAAUUACAGCCUUAAAGGCCGAAAAGGAAAACUGACCUUCAUUGGGACAGCCCUCCACCAUAUUGUUUUAAGUGCUUGUGCCAAACAAUUUCCGAAACACACAGAAAAGGAAAUUGAUACAUGUAUAGGGGAAACCCUCAAACAUGCACCUCACCGUGCCAAGUUGGUUGCGACACCUGCAGCGGAAGAACAAUUUCGGGCACCUCCUGAAGAUGGAGACAGUGACUGAUACACACACACACACGCAUACACACACCACACACACACACACACACACACACACACAGUAUAUAUUUAAUAUAAAUAAUUGUUUUUUUUAUUUGUUGUUCACCAUUUACGCAACAUAAAAUUUAUAUAAAUAUGUGUUUUUGUUGUUAUUACUGUUUCUUAAUA